GCAGUAGAACCGCGCGUUGUGCCCGAUCACACUGGAGGCCGCCACGGACGCCUCAUCCGCCGCCUCCGCCACGGCCACCGCCUUCGGCUCAGCGCUCAAGGCGCCUCACGACUUCUCAAUCGCCGCGGCUGCUGCUGCUGCCGCCUACCAGGGACAUUCACAUCAAGCCAAGAUUGCAGGGCACCACCACGGAAUGUUCUGCUACCACUGCCCCCCCUCGCUCCACCCCACCACCGCCCCCAGGCUGCCCUCGCUCGACUACCCCUUCACUUCUUCUCAUCCUUAUACGAGUUAUUCGUAUCAUCCAGCCAUUCACGAUGACUCAUUUGUCCGACGAAAACAGAGAAGGAAUCGCACCACAUUCACUCUACAACAGUUGGAAGAGCUGGAGACAGCAUUUGCGCAGACUCAUUAUCCGGAUGUUUUCACUCGGGAAGAUCUUGCGAUGAAAAUCAACCUCACAGAAGCACGAGUUCAGGUGUGGUUCCAAAAUAGACGAGCAAAAUGGCGGAAAGCUGAACGUCUAAAAGAGGAACAACGUAAGAGAGAGGAACAGGAUAGAGGAAAGACGCCCAGUGAUAAGGAUCUUUCAUCAAAGAGUGUUCUGUCAGUGGUUAGCGAUGAGGGUGACAGAGACAGAGGUGCAAGCAGCGACUUGGACGGUGAUUCAGAGGGGGGUGGAGGUGGGCGCCUACAGGUGGAGGACCACAGCACCCCUCCGCACUCCCCUCGUUCACCCCUAAGUCCCCUUGAUCGGCCGCCAUACUCACCCAGCGGAGGUGCAGCUUCACAAGGUUCGUCACCCAACGCAGGAGUGCCGCCUCCGGGGGCAGUAUCAUCCCCACCCCCGCACAGACCACCCCCGGACACAACAUCCCCCAACGUCAAUGCAUUCACGCAUCCUCUUUUCUCCAGUUUCAACACCGACGGAGCCAGCUUCAGGCCAGUGGGUGUUGGGGUGGGGGACACCACAAAUCCCCGAAGUCAUCCCCCUCUAUUCUUCCCGCCUCAAUUUCCACCACCGUUGUUUCCAUCUUUAAAAGGUUUCGCGGGUCUAUGCUCGUGUUGUCCCAUGAAACCACUGGGCCUCCUGCAGACGCCGGGGGCGGAUGCAGCCGGGGGCGGCACAGCUGAGCAGCGGUCAAGCAGCGUUGCUGAGCUGCGUCGCAAAGCACAGGAGCACAGUGCAGCCCUUCUGCAGAGUCUACACACAGUGGCCAGCUUUCAGCAGCAUGCAGCUGCAGCCCUUCACUUGCAGUUGCCCUCUCUCUCCACGCUGCACGCUCUAGCACGUAAGGCUGACACGCCGCCUCCCGCCUCUCUGCCACCACCACCGCCUCCGCCAGCCGCCUCUCAGCCGCCGCCCGCCUCCACACAGCAGUCGUCCACCUAGGUUCCAGUCCACAAGGAUCAUAGUAAUCUACAGGCUACAAGGAUCAAAUUAGUUAAACUGGAUCGUUGUGGUUAUUUAAUUAAGUGCGAUGUUUUCUUUUGUUUCCCCGUUUUAUUGUUCUGUUAUGCUAUUAGAUGUCAUUAAGGCUCGUACUGGAAUUUGUCAGUGAGCCUUUCCAUGUCUGUAUCGAAUAAAUAAAUAAUUUAUCAAUAUUGUUUUAUUUCUUCUGGGAAAACCUAUGCAUGGGACUUCGACCUGAAUCUAAGUAUAUCUGUGUUUAUCAUUCUAUUUUGUCAAAGUAGUAAAAAUUUUGCUUAUGAAGACUGUCUUCAAGAGCCAUAAAUUUGAAAAGAUGGAGCAAAUUUGAAAAUUUUUCUUGAACGACAAUUUUAUUCUGAUAGCUUCGAAUAACGUGGCUGAAGUAAGGUCCACAUUUAGCUCAUCAAGCUGGAAUUUAUUAUACACACUGCCCAUGUAGUUCAGAAUUGUGACAUAAAUAACUCAUUAUUUGUAUUGCAACUGUACUUUCAACUUGAAUUUAUAAUCAACAGUUUCUGAUCGAACUUUUUCCUCUCCUGUGCACUAUUGUAAUAAUUCUACAUAAAAUAUGAAUAAGCAAUGUUUCUGCAUAUACGAUAAAUAUGUAAAUAAAUACCUCAGUCUCAAUCCAACAGUAUAGCCUGUAAAAACUUUCUAGAUUGAGCUGCUAAGCUAAAUUUGAACAAUAAAUAAUUCUAAUAAUACCGAUAGAAAUUAAAAAAUGAUGUUACCUAAAAUAUUAAAACAGUAUUGUAAUUAUGUAAAUAGUCUGUUCAAUAAUGUUUUAAAUUAGAAAUUAGCUACUGUAAUUAGAUGAUGUUUAUGUACCAAAGAUAUCUUAGUUAUUGCAUUUUAGGAAUAAAUUGUAAAGUCAGCGAAAGCCUAGUCCAGAGUUUAAAUCAGAUUUUCAUUCUAGUAUAUUGAUAGAUGUUUUACGCAAUAAUUUAAUUAUUUGAUUAGUCAUUCCUGAUCAAUUAGAUUAAUAUAAAAUUACGGAGUUAUAAUAAGACUUGUGACCGAAUCAUACUAAUUACUGAUGAUUAAAUGAUAUUGUAAUUUGAAGGUUCUUAACUUUUAUUCAAAAAAUUAAGAAAAUACUACUACCAAAAUACAAAUGUUUAAUUGAAGAACAAUAGGUUUAUGUAGUUACUAUUUAUUGUAAUUAAUUCGAUAGUAGUUUUUGGAAUUAAUGUUUUCUGCUAUAUUCUUCAAAAAAUAAAGAGUUCUUUAGAAUUUUUCUUGUUCUUUAAAAGCAAUAAAGUAUUAGAAUACUAAAUAUGUAUUGAAUACGGUUUUUAUAGAACAUUGGAAUGAGUGUUCGAUUAUGAUUUUUAUAUUGGCCAAAGAACUUAUAAAAUUUCCUUGUCCAAGGAUUUGUCUCAUAUAAUGGAUGUAAUUUUCAGAAAAUACUGGCAAUAAUUUAUAAUGCAUUAAAAUUAUUUUAUUUGCAAUGUACUACGGUAUGUUUUACCAAAGAUGGCUGUAACUCUUCUAAUGAAAAAUUAUAUUUCCAACUUGUUCCGAAGGAAUUGACAUCUUGUAGGUAAAUUAUUCCAUAAAGUGAAGAUCUGUUCAAUUUAUUUGUCUCCGAUUAUCCAAAGAUGAAUUUUAAAGGCCUAGACACAAGCAUCAAUAUGUAGAGCAUAACUAUCAAAAGUGUAAAAAAA